AUGCUACUCCUUCUCACUGUAGCUCUAUUCACUCUGGCGAACGGUGGGGGAGGGCAUCGGCCUUCUGAUCCGUUCGACGAAGUGCAACCGCGAGAUUUCCUAGCGAAGGAACUGCCUGUGUUUAACAACAAGGUGUCUGUCGAGGCCUUCGUGGAUCUCGUCAGGAAGGGUCAACCAGCAGUGUUCAAGACAGCCGGUCUGGGCUGGGCAUUAGUGAAUGAGAGUUGCCGGGACUUCGCUAGGAGAUGGCCUGAGGGGAAGAUGUCGAAGCAAUACCAGAGCUAUGAUAAGAGGGUCGCCCUGGGGGAACCCGGCUGGGCUGAAAACAAACCCGGGCGUAUCGGCGACCAGGCGACAGCGGCACCUUAUGUGUGGCAUGUGAAGGAUCGUGUGACGAGAGAUAUGAAAGAGUCAGUUCAGCGUAUCCUGUUUCCUUUGGGAAUUGCUAUGGAGAACCUCCCGUGGUUGGCAGGAAGGCAUCAGGCACUUGAACAACAUGUAGCCGACAGUAUGGAAUUUUGGCUGCAGCCACCUCGAGCCGGCACGCUAGCGCAUAACGACGCUUAUUGUGUCAACGUGAUGUCAGUACAACUGAACGGUUUUAAACAGUGGAAAUUGAUGACCAUGCCUAAGGUCGAUUCCAUAGCGCAAAUGUUCGACGAGUUCGAUGGUGGUAUCAGGAGAGAUCCGACCAGGGCAUUCGAACCGGACUAUGAAUACACCCUCGGGCCAGGAGAAG